CGGCCUUGCCCUUGAGAAGAUCGCGUCCGACGGUCCCGGUUGUCGGAGCAUCUGGAGCGCGUCCAGAGGGGGCUCCGUCCGUCCUCGCAGCCACGCCGAAGCCCCACCGCCGCCACCGCCGAAUUCCGGGGGGGCUCCUUCUGCCGCCAGUCGCGUGGAAACGUGACCCGCUUGGCGCUCCACUUCCUCGUCGAGGUCAUCGGCAGGUGUGCGUGCGUGUGUGCGCGGCGGACGGAACAGAAGACGCCCUCGGCGCUGGGGUCUUCCCCGCUCAUCUGGGUCAGUCCGCGUUCCGGGCCAGCUCCUCGCGAAGAGCGCCGCCGCAUUUGGACGUCGCCGUACUCGCCGAGAGUCUCUCCACCCCAGCUGCACAGCGGUUCCCUACCUGCGCGGGCAUGCGCUCAGCCCACUGGCCAUGAGGGUCCCUCGGCCGGCCUCGCUGCUGCCGCUGCUCCUGGCAGUCCUGCUGUUGGCCUCCCCACCGGGUCGGCUGGCCGGUGCCGAUUCGCAGCAGCAGUUCAAGCAGGAUGCGGUGCCACCCGACGUACAGGUGACGAGCCCGGCGAGCGAGGACUACUACGACAGUGACUACGAGGAUGACCCGAGCGAGGUCAGCACGGCGCGACCUCCGACGCCAGACAAGGGCACCCCGUUGUUGCUGCCCGAGGUCACGUUCGCGUGUGUCGGGCGCAGCGAAGGCUACUACGCCGACGUGCAGCUGCGCUGCGAAGUGUUUCACUACUGCAAGCCCGACGGCGUGCGCUUUUCGUUUGUGUGUCCGCCAAAGUCCAGCUUCAACCAGAAACUGCUGAUAUGCGACUACGACCCCGCUGCGGUGUCCCUGUGUGCCGACUCGGACCUGUUCUUCCAUCUGAACGAUGCGCCGGCCGCCAACGCCUCUUCGACUCCGGUCAACGAAACGUCACUGUCGACGGAGGAACCCGUGAGUACGACGCAGAGGCACCGACUUCGCAAACCUGUUACCAGACCCGCCACUGUCCCGACACCAAGAACAACUGACACACCAUUGACCAGCAAGACUGUGAGUCCCCAGCCGGUCUUCGGAAGGCCCAACCUUAGGACCACUACGGUUCCUUCCCCUACCAUGUCGACCACCCCGCAACCUCCUAUUACUCUGCCUUCUUCGGUGCCAACGCCUGCCCUGAGUCCAUCGGCGACCCCUGCCUCCAUCCCGGCUGCCACAUCCCCUCCCCUGGCGCCCGCCGACCAGGAUGACGAAGAUGAUUGGAUUGACGAUUCCUACCCUUCUGUGCCCGCGAACUCGUCUUCAAUCUUUGAUACGAUUCGCCAGGAUGCCUCUGCCAACGUGUCCCUACCUUGGGAGAGUUCCCUGGGAUGGCCGCAACUCGGAAGUCCGUGGAGUUCUCGUCAGGAACACUCGCACUCCGUGCACUCGUUGCCAGAAACUACUCGCCACUGGUGGAGACAGACUUCGCCGCCUUCGGAGCCUGUGUCAUCAGUGUUGUACUCGCCGCUGCGGGACAGCGCGCAGUACGCAGCACCACGGGACGUGCCGGAGCGGGUGCCACCGACGAGCGAACACAGCCACAGCUACACACCGGUAUUCGAUAGGGACGCGCUUUUCGAACAUCUUCGGCAAGCUUCGGCGGAAGAGAGGCCAGAGGACGCCUACUCCACUAGAUACCACGACGACGGAAGACGUCUGUUGGAGCCCCCGCACAGCAGGGUUACGUACUCUGAAGAACAACAUACUCAUAACUCUGGGUACACGUCCCCUUACGAUCACAUGCAGCAUGACAGUCCGUCACACGACAGGCACGCAGCAUCCGACGCAUCGAACGACCUUCAAGCGAACUCUUUCGUGGUGUACGACCAACGACAGAACAUUGACGAGAAUCGCCAAGUGUACGAUCCGUAUGCCGAACACCCAAUGAGGUAUCCGCACCUGUACGGAGAGGAACACUACUCGCGGUCUCACGAAGGUCAUCGAGUUGGACACGACGUCGAUGGCUCCGAAGCGAGUAAGCACCACUUCUCAUCGCGGAUUACAGAUUUUAAGGGACACGAAAGCCAAAACUCCGAGACUGCGCCUCAUCCAGGCGUGCACGAUAUCGUCGAUACCUCUUGGGCACGAUUUAAGGAUGGUGGGGCGUUUCGCUACGAAGGCGUUGCCUCUGAUAGUAGCGUUACUGAAGUUCAGAAGUCCGAAACCGAACCUAAGGGCACGGUCCCACCUCCAUGGAAGCCCAUGGCCGAGGUCUUGAUGGGCAAAGAAACGCCCCGGCUUUCUGGGAGCUACCACAAGACGCCGUCAGGCUAUUUCGAAUUCCGUCACGGCUGGAAGAGCUCAAUACGGAAGCGCUCCAUACACAAGCGGCUGAAACGCCAGUUGCUGUCGCGGCUCUUCAAGCGGCAACCCAUCCGUUUGCCACAAUUGAAUUCACUCGAGCCACCGCGGGGCAUGCACGUGGCCGAGAAUAACCGGUGGAUGCCCUUUCCAUUUGGAGUUUCGGGCUUCCAUCCUGGCGCCAACAUGAUGCGUGUGCCGCCUCCCCCUCCCGGCUUUCAGGCGUCGCAGGAGUUCCAGGCGGACCACAAACCGGAACAACCGCCAAUGCAAAUACCGCCACAAUUUUUCGGUCGACCGCCGCCGCCGUUCAGGAGGCCACCGCCUUUUUUUGCUGAAAACAACUUCCAGCAGAACCACAAGGUUCAGAGCAAGUUUCAGCAGGAGGGGAUGCAGGCGCAGCAGUGGGAGUUCCCCUUCAGUGGACCACCUCCGCGUGAAGUGAUGGUGCGUCCUGGUAUCCAAGGUCCACACUUCCCAGGCAUGAGUCACGGGCCGCCGAAAGAAAACGGUCACGGCCCCACGCCGCGGCCACCGUCUGUUGACACGAUCUACCACUCCACCACGCCGAGCAGCUCUAUCGAAAUUACGCUAAGGCCCAUGACAGGCGACGAUGACAGCGGAGAAGGUCAGUCGUUCCCAGCUGGACACGAAGCCAGCCCACCGAACCUGACCCAUAUGCAGCACCAAGAAGAAAUAAUUUCGUACACGCAGGACCCCCACACUGCCAGCUCGCCGUUCGCUGUCAGUCCUACGCCGCGUCCGGGAGAGUUCAUUACGGAAGUGGAGCCCCCACAAUUCGCAUUAGGAAACCACGAGCCGCACGGUAACUCAGCCCUGUUUCACCACACGAGAGAGCAGUCACCCGCUAAAGUCAACCUGGUCGCGCAAGACGAACUAAUUCGCCAGAGCGGACAGACGUUUCCCGUCAACCACCACGUUCCCGAACAUCACCAAGAGCCGCAGGGCAACAUGAACCCCCACGUCGUACCCGAUGUCCGCUUUGGAUCAAGGCAUCCAAACGUUAGACCACAGUUCGAAAACUUCCUGCCUCCCGCCUUUUCGAGCCGUGAACCACCCCGUAUGUCGCCACAAUUAAGUUACGUGCAGUGGAAGCACCAAAAGCCUCCUCAACCGGUGCAACGCCCACCUGGCCGUGCUCCAGAAGGCAUCUACAUUCCCGCUCACAUCGCCAACAUGCGCGUCAACCCGCAACUCAUGAUGGGUAUGGUACAGCAGCAGUCUGCUCACGUACGGCCCCAACACGGCCGAAGGCCUCCCCCAACCCCAGACGGCGUCUAUCCAGGUCGGCCGGGUCCGAGACCGCCAUCGUUCCCCGGACCUAAACUGGUCCCACGUCCGAUGCCUCCUCGUCCAGCCGAAACGCAUCCUGCGAGAGCACCCCAAAGGCAGCGGCCUCCACCCGAGCGCCCCACUGUGAAGCUUCCGGUUCAGACAGCGCAGCCUGAGCAACAGGUGCAGUUACCGCAAAUUGUGAAGCCAUCACAACCGGCACGUUCCGUGCCGCCCAUACCCCCGACGCAGCCACCGAUAAAACCUCGACGACGGAAGCCUGGACGCAGGCGUCGUCCUAAGCCGUCCACGCCACUUCAGCCGCACGCGGCACGUGUGCCGGCAACCGCUGCCCCCAGUGCUCACGACAGAAGCAGUGUCCCACGCCUCCGUGGCACCCCAGUCACUACUCCAUAUUCCAUGGAGCCUUUGACGUUUGGUGGCAGAACAGGUCCUCAUGGACAACGGAGACCAGUGACAAAUAACCCAAGAUCAACUUUCCGCCCGGCAACAGCAACUAGAAUCGUUACCUCGAGGACCACAACAAGGCCACCACAGACGACAACUUCACCUUAUUCUAACGCCCUCAGGCUAUCACUUAAGCAGAGUGUUUCUCAGAAAGAAGAUGACAACAAGACGUACAGCUGGUAUGGUGGUUGGACCAAGUCGACGCCCAGCCCUUCCGCGGUUCGUCACCACAUGCCGACAGCCAUCGAAGCCACGCUGGCUCCAGCCUACAAGCAAGCGUUCACGUUUCCUGCGAGGAUUAUGGCCACUGGUCAGCCCACUGCUGUGGCCACGACUCCGAGCACUUGGUCGUGGCCGAGGGAGCCGUCCAACAACUCGGCAGCGAAGUGGUCGUCUGCUUCGCAUCCCGUGACUUCCGCGCCGGCCCGCAUGACACCAUGGUCUUCGAGUGCCUCUGUGGUUCGUGUGUUCAGCAGCAAGAUUGGGUCUUCCGUGAUGGCAACUAGUUCUAUGCCAAAGAUGACAACAACGACGACGACAACGACAACGACAUCAACGACCACGACCCCUCGACCCAAGAUCACCGUAGACGAGAAAGAAAACGUCAUCGGGAACGGCCAUGACAAAGGAUUCCCUUUUGAGUUCUUCACAGACGUGGGCCUGCUGCUUUCGCGAACCACGCCACGAACAACUCCACACCCGCAGCCAGUGUAUAAGCCGCCAAGCACCAUCCGGGAGCCUGUGACGGAGGUGGUUACUGCAAUUUCGUUCAGCGAAUCUGGACCCGUUUAUUUUCCCAAAGGGUAUGGCGUCCAGCGCAACAACACAGUCUCUGCCGGAGCCUGAGGCCGGUGCUCUUGGAGCUGGGUCCCCGAGAAAACUGACACAGUCCCAAUCGUCUGCCCGAGUGGGCUUUGAUAGACACUUCAUCGGAAGCAGCAGAGGACUCAGCGGUCUGCAGUGUCCGGCUGGAACCAGGUCUCAGAACCGCAAGAGAAGACUGAGAGUGGUGCCUACUUAACGGAGCAUAAUCCGGGAAUUUGACAGAACUAACUCAAAAAAAAAGAGUUACCGCCCCAGUGCCUUGUCCCAUCGCCAUAACCUCGUAACGGAUGACAGCCUACACCACGGAGGCCUAAAGAAGGACAGUUGGGCGUCCUGUGGUAUGCUAUUGCUGGCAGGCAUACGGGGACGACGGUCCUUCCUUCGGAAACCAAGCACUGCCAGGUCUACGCGUACGCGCUUCCGACACAUGCUUAAGUUAUUCCUUCAUCUUCACGUCACUUAAUACCUAUUUCGAGCUUACAAGUGAGCGCUCGAAGUCCACCGAUCACCCAAGAACUCCGUUCGCGAAGCUGACCAACUAAUGAAGCUUGGACUAGGGUCCGUCGGGGAGAGAGCAGUACUGGCUGCACCUUGAUCGUGGACUGGUUUCUUCACGAUGUCUGUGAAGUUCGACUGCAGAUGCAGUGCCGUUUGAGACGAAAGCGUAGACGCUAGACAGAAGCUGGUCUUUGAAUUAUGCCAAGAAUAAAACAAAAUGGGCAUGUU